GAAACUCUGAAGCAUGGAAGGCUGAAUAACCGAAGGCAGUCUAGCAAGCUGACGUGUCAUGCGCCAGGUGUCUCUUCGGUCACCAGUCGACGAUGAGGCGAGCCGAGCUGCUAUCUUUACCAUGGCUCCUUCUGGUGGCCUUGUAUGGGGCCCAGCUGUGCAGCACCCUGACCCUCUCCACAUACUUUGGAGCGGAAGAUAGGGCCCGCCUCAAGAGCCUCUUUACUUCCAAAAAGGCGCUGGCAGACCUUCAGUCGGCACACUAUGCCGCCUUGGGCCUCAGCCUGCUGGGCGAGAAGAUCGCCAACCCACAGGACUACUGCAAUGUCUUGAAGACUGUCGACCAGAAGAACUUGGAGGCCUUGUUCCAUGCCACUUCCGGCAGCAAGGCCCUUGGCAACUGUCAGUUGGCACUCAUCGAGGGCAAGUCUACUUUGGAGGGAGCGCUCAAGGAUGACUCUACUGUGCCCCAACUGUACCACGCUGUGCUGAGUCUCAAGGCUCUUGGCAGUGCCGUGGACGCUGCCAAAGUGAGCCAGCUGCUUCUGGCUGCAUUGAAGAAAGACGACAGCAUGAUCAACCUCGGCUACGCCUUCCACGUUGCGUCGGUCCUCGGCGGAAACGUCACACCUUUCACAGAUCGGAUUGAAGAUGCUGUCGUUCAAGCGGAUGAGGUUGGCGGAGAUCUGCUACAGUUCGAAGGCGGUCUCAGCGUGACGGCCACCAUCCUGAGCGGUGUCUACCGUCUGGCCGAGGCGGCCAACAAGGCACCGGCCGUCAGCAAGGAGCAAGUACUCAAGUUUGCCAACUACCUCCUGUCACGCAAGAAUGUGCAGACGGUCAAGGGAGCUGCCAUUCUUUAUGACGUGCUGAGGCUACUCUCUGUCAGCAGCAAGCACCACGUGCCCGUGGCGGUGACUGUGUCUGGUUCGUCGGCCCUGAGUGCCAGGUCUCCCACGGUGGUCGUGCGGCUGACCGACGUGUUGGGCGCACCCCUGGCCCCGGUGUCCCUCCUGCUGAACAGCGCAGUGCGACUCAGCGACGGCCAAACGGUGCUGGAGAGGAAGCCUUUCGCACCUUCCAAGGAAGACAAAACCCUGUACGUGUACAACUUCAUGUCUGGCAAGCCUCGCCGUGGGUUCUACAAGCUCAGCCUGAACGCCGUGCCUGUCCAGGCCGAUGCCCGUCUGCUCGGAAAUACAAAUGCCGAGAUCCAAGUCAAAGUCCUGACCGAAGUGGAGGUGGUUAACCUUGAGGUCGGCACGGCCGAUCGUGACCAGACGGCGGCUCCCAAAAUGGACGUGGUUGCGUUCAAGGGCAAGCUGGCUCAGACACUGGAGGCGGACCACCACCAAAAACUGGUGAUGAAGUUCUCGCUGAAGGACAAGUCCAACGCGGACAUCAUGACGGCCCAGCAGGCCUUUGUCCACCUCCAGCACCAGGAGACCAAGCGGGAGAUAGUGUUCCUUGCCGAGCCCGACAGCUCCCUCAUCUACCGCUUCGACCUGGAUUUGCACCUCAAGGCCAAGGAAAUGGGUUACCUGUCUGGAAAGUAUGACCUGUCCCUCAUCAUUGGGGAUGCUGUAAUUGCCAACCCCCUCAAGUGGACUUUGGCCUCACUCGCACUCAGCUUCCCCCCAAACCCAAGUCCUCCGAAGGACACCGUCGACAUUCACGCCCCAAGGCCGGAAAUCAAGCAUCUGUUCAGGGAGCAAGAGAAACGUCCGCCAGCGUUCCUGUCCAACGCCUUCUGCGGCCUUGUCCUUGCUCCCCUGCUGCUGCUGUUUGUUCUGUGGGGCCGCAUCGGAGUGAACCUGUCCAACUUCCCGUUUAGCCUGAGCACCGUCCUGUUCCACUUGGGACUUGCAGCCAUCUUCGGGCUGUUCACCUGCUUCUGGCUGAGGCUGACCAUGUUCACCACCCUCAAGUACCUGGCUGCCCUGGGGGCAGUCACCUUCAUCUCUGGACACGGCAUGCUCACCCGACUCACCCAGAUGAAAGCUUAGGCAAAUGUUCCUCAAGCCCCACCAGGAGCAGAAGGAAGGACGAGCAUCAUCCAGUCAAUUUUUUUGUCUUUUCCUUUUUUGUUUUGUUUUUCAAUUUGCAUGUGGGAAACGAAAGAGGGGCAAGAGGUGCGUGCAUGAAUGUUCACACUUUUCAUCGCCACCGCGUGUCAUCAUCCAAGUCGUCAUCAAAGUGAAGUUCUGGAAGUCUGUGUUUUUUUGUUUGUCUUUAUUUGGGUAAAGAUUUUUUUUUUUUUUCGUCUUGUCACUUGUUGGCUACAUUCCUUUGUCCAGAAUUAAAGAUAUUGCCACUUUCCCUUUUUUUUCUUUACCAUCAAGAACUUUUUGAUAAGGUACAGCACUGUUCUUUUGUUACUUUAGACCAUGUGAAUAAAGCUGUUCUCACCCGUGGA